GUUUGUCCUGCGGAUCUACUGGUUUCCCCUGAAGGUUCUACAUUCCACCACUUGGGGCGUCUACCUGACGCAUCUGGGUCGUGAGGCCUACUUCUUUCUCCUCUUCAACGCUCUCCUCUGGACCCUCUUUGCUAUGCAUCUCUACUGGUCC